GUUAUCGAGGAAGGUGAAAAAAGGAAAAGCAUAUCUACAGCGGGAGAAGUUGCCUCUCACUGUAGUGCUGCUGCUGCUCUUGUUGCUGGGGCUGUCUCUUAUGGUGAACGUGGUGAUGGUUCGGCAAAUGCUUCUGAAAGAUUACGAAUUCGAUAAACUACUCUUGGAUACGCUCGUCAAGAAUUAA